UGUAAGAAACAGACAUGGAGAAACAACCGUCGUUGGACGAGAAACAACUCAGUCGAGUGCAAAAAUUGCUCAAGAACCGUAAAUUGAUUCUUGAACCGGUAGUUGCGAUUCUUUUCUUCGCAAUUUUCUUGUCCGCUCAAGUGAUAACAAAUCACAUCACUUAUCGGGCAUGUCGCAGCGAACUCGGUGAAAGUGAGGAAAUUUGUCGCCAAUUGGAACGAAAAGAUGGCGGAAUGAGUUCAAAAGACUUGGAAACUCGCGUUCAACCUUUCGUGGCUACUUACCAGAGUUACAAAGUUGUCAUCGAAUCACUCGUUCCUGCCUUGAUGAGUCUCUUUGUGGGUGCCUGGUCAGACAAACAUGGAAGGAAAAAAGUUAUUUUCGUCGCUUAUUCCGGUUUCGCUCUUCAGUUUCUUAUCUUUUAUCUGCUUGGAACGAUAUCUAGUGCGAUAAGCUACAGCUGGUAUUUGUUGGCAUCACUACCGAUUGCCGUAACUGGCGGGAAUUGUAUUCUAAUGUCGACUCUGAUGUCGUAUAUGGCUGAUAUUUCGACGGCAGAACAGCGCGCUAAGCGAGUGGCAAGUUUUCAAAUUGGACUUAUCAUCGGAGUUUUUAUGGGAUCCGGAUUUUCGGGACUUUUGAAUAAGACUUUGGGAGCUGUAAAUCUAUUUUUUGUCUCUUUUGUCGUUUUGUUGUUCGGAUUUUUGUAUAUUUUCUUCCGAGUUCCUGAAAGUAUUGAAGUUUCAAGUAAACAUCGUGCCUCGGGACUUAAGGAUUUGUUCAAAACUGACAUGAUUAAGGAAAUGGCGCAUUCCGCUUUUCGUCCACGCAAAAAUCACGAUCGCUUGAUUGUUUGGCUCAUCAUCGCCAACUUCGCCAUCACCAUGUUCCAACAAGAAGGCUCCCAAGGCUUGACUUUCCUUUACACUCGCGAAAAAUUCGGAUGGACUCUCGAAGACUUUUCCGUUCUCGUGAUUAUCGCCACUCUUCUCAUCAUCGUGGGAAGUCAAACGGGACUCGCACUCCAAAAGAAACUCGAAUGGUCCGACACAAAAACCGGCAUUUUUUCGACAUUGUCGCUAGUUUUUUCGAAUUUCCUCAAUGCUCAGUCCACGCAAUCGUGGCACUUGUACGCCGCAAUGUUCUUGGGAAUUUUCAGAGCUUUGCCGGAUACGCUGAACAGAAGUAUUCUCGCUUCAGUGGUAGCUUCGAAUGAAAUUGGGAAAAUAAAUUCGUUGAUUGGCUCGAUUCAAGCAAUUUGUAGUUUGGUGGGAUCGCCGACGUACACGUGGAUUUAUCGACAAACGAUUGAAACGAAUCCAGGAUUUUAUCAUUAUGUGACGGGAUGCUUCUUUUGCUUGAUUGCUCUGUCGUUUGGAGUAAUUCAGUUGCUGCAAAAUGAGGAAAGUGUCAAGAAAGAGAAGAAAAUGGACAAAAAAGUACGUUGAAUGAGGCGAAAUUUAGUAUUCUAGUCAAUUUUUACGAAUAAAAUAUUAGUAAAAAAAAUUUUAGGUUUUUAAAUUUAAUUUUUUUCUAAAUUUUGUAGAAAAUAAAUUAUUUUUUAUAACUUUUUAGGAAAAAAAUAAUAAUUUUUGAUAAUUUUUUAAAUUU